AUGGCUACAGACAGAGGGCAGGAGACGAGCGCGUCGACUGCGGCGUCGUCGCCGCGAUCGCAGCGUCCACGGUAUUCGUUUGUCGAGAUCAAAGAGGCGCAGCGCGUGUGCAGUGACACGAUGAUGGCCGCUGCGCUCGAAGAAGUGCGCGGCUCGGCGUCGGCGGCCCAGCAGCAGAUCUUUCGCGCGCAUGUGAACGAUUUGUGCGCGACGGUAUUCGCUGCCGCCUUGCGGAAGUACAAUCCCGAGCAUCGAGAGGAGAUGGCGCCGGUGGAUGCGCAGUUAGUUGCGACGCUCGAGGAGCUCAAGGCAAAAGUAAAGGCGAAAGAAGCAGCGGUGAAGAAGCUCCAGGAACAAGUGCCGAUGAUGGCAGCUGCUAGUGCGCGUCGAGAGCUGGCAAACGCUCGCAAGCGCUGCGCAAAUGUGCUCGUGACACAAGAAGAAUCGACGGCCAGUGCAGAUGUCGAGCUCACACAAGAACAAACGAAGACGCUCGAGACGGUUUAUGCCAAGGCGGCGUCUUCGAUUGCUGUUACAAGUGCGAAGCUGUCGCAAACCACGAGCCAGACGACCGAGACCAUUGACAUUGUGGAGCAGGCAAUGAAGCGACCAAAGACUCAGGUUGACCUCGCUAUGGAGAACAGUCCUAUCAAGCCAAAGGUGCUCUUGACUCAACAGGGAAAGAACAAGGUGCAAAACCCGUGCUCUCUUCGCACGCGUCUAACGCUUCAGCUGAGCGCGUCUGGAAACGUGUGA